AUGCAACCAGUAAAACCCGCAACAACAACAUUAGGUAUGGAUAUGAACGUAUCGCAAUUGAUAGGCCCUAGGGAGGCCUGGGUUAGAGCUUGUACAAAGUCUUACUUUGAAGCCAGAUCUAAAUCGGGAAAUUACAAAAAUUUGAUCAGAGUGAUUCACCCUCAUCCGGAUUCCAUAAGAAUCCAAUCCAAAGUUAGGGAUCUAGCAGUCAAUCACAACGGAACAAAAUUAUACGUUGUAACUAGGGAGAUGGUAACUGUAUUAUCCAUAACAAACAAUAACCAAUAUAAUCCUUCUAACAUCAACUAUGCCAAUGACAAUGUGGCACUGAUUACUAAAUGCACGAUACCUAUAAAGGCUUCGAAGAUUUUGGUACAUCCUGAGGAUCCGGAUGUUUUUAUAUUACUAUGUCAGGAUAACAAUAGCGAUGCACCAUUGAUUCGUGCUUAUGAGUCUAAGGUCAAUACUAGAGUUCUUGCGGAAUGGAAUGUUAAAGACGCAGACACCUGGUACACUGGAGCUUGGAGCCCAAAUAACAAUUUUUUGAUCUUUAUUGACAGGCAAAAUCGGUUGUAUAUGAUGAACCUGUCAUAUCACAUUGAGAAUAGUCCACUACCAGUUUAUGUCAAAUCACUCAACUCUGAAGUUUACGGCAUUACAUUCUCCCGCAAGGGGGAUUGCAUAUUUUUAUAUGGUUCUGAAGGAUAUAUUGAGUGUUUUCCCUCAUACAGCUCAAAAUGCACAUCACAAAUUCUCCCAAAACACUUACUCUUGGAGCCCUUAACAAUUACAAGGGCUCACUCGCAUAUUGUUACGUGUUGUGCAACCAAUAAGUCCAACAACUUAAUCGCAACAGGGGGAUCUGAUCAUACAAUACAUAUUUUUGAAAUAAAUUACACUGCAACAAACACUAUCUCUGGCGAUUUGGUGUGCAUUGGCACCUUUCCGGAAUUGGAAGGCCAGAUUAGCAAUAUGUCAUUUUCCAGGUGUGGAUUAUUGUUGGCUUGGGGUACAAAGGAUUCCACUCAAUUUGAUGAUUCUGAUGAAAGGGAUGAUGAAACGGCCAACGACUUUACCCUUACUAUUGCAGGAGUGAACCCUUGCCAGAUUUAUUACAAACAUCCAACUAGUAGUCCCGUGACCCAUUGUGUAUUCUUACCCAAUUCUUAUACAGUGAUAUUUGCAUUGGACUAUGAUUAUAUGAAGAAAGGACUGCCCAAGGGCCCUAAAUGUCCCAUUGGCUUACUUCAUCUAGAGUAA